ACGGAGGAGGAGGAGGAGGAGGACAGGGGGAAGAGGAGUGGAGGACUAGGGGCAGCAGAGGAGGCGAAUGGGGAGGCCAGUGAAGAGGAGGUGCAGCAGGAGGAGGACUGGAACCUGCAGGGGGCACUCGAGGAGCUGUGGAGCUCCCGAGGGGGGGGGCAGGGGGGGCAAGGGGGGCAGCAGCGCAGGGCGAGGGGGUACUUCCCCAACAUCGACCUGGGUCUCCAGGACAACGAGAUCCUGCCGCCACUCAAGGGCUACAAGCUGUACAACCAGGAGCUGGCGCGCGCCGGCAAGAAGGUGAAGUGGCAGGAGGCCGAGGACCCGAAGACCGGGCCCCUCUACAACACACUCAGCGCCGGGGCCUUCACGCGGGGCCCCGAGGGCCAGGAGCGGGAGGAGGAGGAGGCCAGGGCCCGGGCGGAGCAGGAGGAGAUCCGGCGGCAGGUGGCGGAGGCGCAGAGGAACCGGGAGGAGGAGGCCAAGCUGGCGGACAUGGCGUCCGACAUGCUGCUGCAGUACAUGGUGAAGAAGCAAGGGGGCGCUGCGGGGCCCCGCGGGACGCUGCUGCUGGGCAACGGCGUGGAGGACAAGCGCUCCGAGGAGCUGCAGGACGAGGACGAGGACGUGGACCCGCAGACCAUCGACAAGCUGAUCGAGAUCUCCAGCAAGCUGCACCUGCCGGCCGACGACGUGGUGGACAUCAUCAGCGACGUGGGCAAGAAGAAGAGGAGGAGGAAGAAGAAGAAGGACUCUCCCGAAAUGGCCCCCCGCUACCGGCCCCUGAUGCCCCCGCCGGCCUUCCUGCCCGUGGCCCCCGGCCCCCCCCGCCCCCCCCCACGCAAGCAGCAGGCCCCCUACCUCGCCCCCUACCCCAGGAAGUGGUACCCGGACAAGCUCAAAAUGAAAGGAAGCAAGCAGAAGUACUGGGGCAAGCCUCCCAAACAGCUCCUGGCCUACCCCUCGUACCCCUUCUACCAAAAGCCCUACCGCGCCUACUACCCUGUCUACUUCCCCUCGCCCCAGCCCAAGUCCCGCUACUACGCCAAGCCCGCGCUCUCCCUGGACGACCUCAUGGGCAACUCCAUGGACUACGACCUCAAGCCCCCGAAGGUGUGGUACCCGCCCUGGAAGAGGCCGGUCCCGCCCCAGAGCCCGUACAUCUCCAACUACAUCCUGCCCCACCCGCGGACUUACCAGGCCCUGCCUGUGCCCAAGCCCCGCCCGCUCCCCCGCCAGUCCCUGUACUACCUGCCCGCUGCCGCCAUGGCAACCGCCGAUGACGAGUUCUACGGACAGGCGGGGGCGGGGCAGCAGGACAGCGACGAGGAGCUGGAGAACUUUAUGGCCAAGGUGUACAUGAGACGCAGAAUGUACCAGUGAGGGACCCCAGAUGACGGCCAGGUGGACAGGCGGACAGAGUGAGUGAGAAAUAGAGGGAGAGAGACGGAGACAAAGACGCAACGGUGGAAAGAUUGCAUUGUCAAUUUAUUUCUGUUUCCACUGUGUUGUUCUGUGCUGGAGAACGGGGGGGAACCAGCCCCCUGUUCAUAGUGUGGCGGCCAUGUUGUUUUUAUUGCUCUAUUUACUUUAGUCAGAGACUUUACCUCUGCUGCCAUUCAGGUCAACCCACUCUUGCAUGCUCCUCCAGUUAAAAAGAACAAAAUUAUUUGUAUCCUUGUUUUAUUGUACUAUGAUUUUUUUUAACAAAGGGCCAAAUGCAAGAGA